AUGAUGUCUUCUCAUAUUCCACGGCGUUCUCGUCGUUGCUUCACAUGCCAGACUCGCAAGAAGGGGUGCGACUUGCGAGUUCCCGUCUGUGGGCAGUGCCAACGGGCCCGUUUAAACUGUCGAGGGUACUCCAACGAGGUGGUUUGGCUUGAUACACAAACGACACUGCAAGAAAACACUGGUACGGGACGCAGAAGGGGCAAGAACUCUGCUGCUUCUACUCUCCCCGGCGCUUCCAUUAUCCAAGCCGACUCCCUUACCCGGACCGCUAGAAGGCAGCGCCUAGGCGGCUCUUUUUGGUCGGUCUUUCUACCUGGCGGCCAACAAUGCAGUGGAAAGUCGCUUCCGUUUUGUCCCGGCAGCUGGACCAAUGCUGCCAUGCAGCUGCAGGACGGGGAGGCGGCGUUGUGCAGCAUCGUUCUGGCACUCGGAUCAGGCUUCGAGGCGGCCAGUUGCAAGCCUGGCGUCUCCAGCGCGGAGCAGCGUCUGCUGAAGCUGCAAACGAUAUGGCUGUACUAUCGGGCUAUUUGGCACCUGAAAGACGCAGCGAAAAGCCCGCACAUGCUGCAAAGCGAUGGCAUACUGGCCACGACCAAGCUGGUGCAAAUCUACGAGAUGUAUUUUGGCCAGGGCUUCCAAGGUAGUUCCAGAGACAAUGCCUCAAGAUUAUAUGCAACUGUCUCUACCAUUUUCGUGCGCACAACCCUUUCCAUCAAUGAAGGGGAUUGGCGGACAGUUCCAUGGCAGUUUAGCUCCAAGGAUCCCAAGGACAUACUAACCGACAUCUUGCACGAGAUUGUGUCACUUCUCAAGCGUCUAAAUCAGCUACGAGCAGCAGGUGGCUCUGCCGAGAAACGAGAUGAGCUACUCGUCGAGGCGGCUGGAGUCAAGCGCGCUUUGCAGUUGUGGUUUUCCGACCUCCCUGCAGACGCCAAGGUGUUUGACUAUACAACGAAUGCCAGUGUCCCGAGCGAAAUUGCCUCCGAUAGACAACUGUCGUUUCUCUACCUCGUUACACUAUAUUGGGUCGCAUGCAUGCUGAUUGAUACGACGGCCGGCUUCCUCGAACUUGUCAAUACCGACAAAGAACGUCAUCGGUCAGUCGAAGCAGGCCACGAGACGAUCACCCAUUCCUCGGAGGCAGCAAAUCCAAAUCUCAAGACGGACAAAGGCGAAGAUGACGCGCAUACCGAGUGCGAGAUGCAAGAGAUGGCCGUACUGGACGCGUCUAAAGGUUAUGCGUACAAAAUUGCACAUACCAUGCAUUUAAUGCGUGGCCCGCAGGUCGGCAUCUGCUUUUAUGGAAUGUGCGUCGUGCCCAUCUCGCUUGCCUUUUCGCUAUUAACUGCGCUGGAGCCCGCGGCCCAGAUGAGCGAGGAGAGGCAGAUCCUGAGCAGCUCGUUGGCAGGCCAUGCGCUCUAUAGCUGGGUUUCGCAGUUUGCUGAAGAAACCGAGAAUCCGAUGGCAAGGCUCGAGCAUGAAAAGGCUCGGCGGCUAAGAUGGUGGACGAAGUGCUGA